UCAUUCAAUUUAAGUCAUGUCUUUUGUCUCUUCUGCUUUUUCUCUCUUCUCUCUUCGCGCUAAUGUGAAGGGAAAAUGUACGCUCUUGGUUCAUCCUAUUUUCGCUUUUAGCUUUCCACUUGCUCAGAUUGUGUUCUGAAUGUCCAGAGUUCAACGCAUAUAGGCACUACUUAAAAUAAGUACGAAAAUACUUGAACGACAUAAAAUUGCAAGAAGAGUGAUUUUCAAGUAACUUUUGACAUUGUUGUCAGUACGUCCAAUGCAAUCAAAGAGAUAAAAGCACAGAGAUAAGGAACAAAUCGUGUGCUCUUUGAUCAACUUAUCAGAUUUUAUCAGAAAUGAAGAGUUGUCAAUCUGUACAUUUUAUUUGAGUACACGACAAAUGUAAGAAGAGGAGCGCUGUUUUCAUGUGUAGAUACUUUUAUAUUCAGAAGUUAAUUUAAAAGGUGUUUUUAAAUAUGAUUGACAUCACGUGCUUGCUCAUCGUUCUUGUCCUGAUCAGUGUUUACUUAUACUUAACAAAGAACUAUAAUUACUGGAAGAAUCAAAAUGUUCCAUGUGCAUCGUACGCCCUCCCAGGAAUCGGACAUGGAUUAUCGUUAAUCUUGAUUUGGGAUAACUUGGCUAUGUGGGUCACAAAACUCUAUUAAAAAAUGCAAAAACAUAGUAUGUACGGAUGCUACUUCAUACAAACACCAGCUUUAAUCAUUCGAGAUCCGGAACUAAUUAAGUGCGUGUUACUGAGUGAUUUUGCGAAUUUUCCAAACAACAUGAUAACUUUAAACGAUCAAUUGGAUCCAGCUAUGGCAAGAAAUCCUUUUUUCGCUAAAGAUGAUAUUUGGAAAGAAUCCCGAAUGGUACUGGGAAAUAAUUCUUCCGGUAAAAUAUUACGAAGUGUAUCUAAGAUUCUUUUUCAAGUAUGUAAAAAAUUUACAUCUUUUGUGGAUGAACACAUUACUGAAAACAAGGGUUAUGCUGAAUUUGAAUUAAAAGACUUUUUUGCAAGAAUCAUUGGAGAAAUGGUAGCAAAUUCAGCUUUUGGAAUUGAGGGACAAAGUUUUUCCCGUAGCCCCAGCCCUCAAGCCUUUACCAAUGUUGCCAAAGAAAUUUUUGAUCCGAAAAAAAUAAACGGUAUUGAAGAAGCUAUACGGUUUUGUUUUCCAAAACUAGCUGAUAAACUUGGUUUGAGAAUGAUACCAAAGGAAACAGACACUUAUUUUAGGCAAACGACAAAAACCAUUAUUAAAGCACCUCUGCAGAGUAAUGAGAGUAGAAGUGAUUUUCUGCAAUAUAUAAUUGAAAGAAUGUACAAAGAGAUUAAUGAAGACAUGGCUAUAUCACAAGCAAUAUCGCUGUUCUUUGAUGGUUAUGAAACAUCAAGUUCAGCACUUAGUUUUGUAAUUUACCACCUCGCUGAAAAUCCUGGUGUUCAAGAAAAACUGCGCAAGGAAGUUUUUACUGUUUUGAAGCGAUUUGAUAAUAAAGUAACAUAUGAAGCGAUAAAAAUGAUGCAUUAUCUAGAACAAGUUAUCUAUGAAUCAAUACGCCUCAACCCACCGUUAGGUGAAUUCGUAAAAGUUUGCAAUAAACAGAUACAGUUAAAAGGCUAUGAUGGUUUACGAUGCAAUUUGAAACCUGGUGAUUUGAUUAUAAUUUCUGUUUUUGGACUUCAUAUGGAUCAUGAAUUUUGGCCAAAUCCUUCCAAAUUUGAUCCAGAAAGAUUCAGCACAAUUAACAAAGCAACAAGAAAUAAAUUCACAUAUUUAGGAUUUGGAGAAGGUCCCAGAAUGUAUAUUGGAAAAAGAAUGGGAUUAAUGAUAGUAAAAGCUGUUACUGCCAUAAUAUUACAGCAAUAUUUUUUGGUACCAUGUUCUAAAACAAGAGUCCCUUUACAAAUGAACCCUAACACAUUUGCAUCGGUUGUAAGAGGCGGCUUAUGGGCACGAUUCAAAUCGUUAAAUACAAAAAACUACUAGUUUCACUGUAUUUAUAUAAACUAUCACUUAUUAAGACUGUUUAAUGUAAUCACAUAUAUUUUCCUAAUGUUCUAAUAAAUAAUAAAAACAAAUACUAUACA